CAAAUGUAUAUGGCAGUAAACACACGACAUUCGCUUAUCUUGAUAUCUCCGUCAUGGUAGGAUCGUUAAUCACGGACACGACACAAACAACAACCCACAGGUAAGAUGUAUUAUUCAUCUUCUUAUUCAUUCGGAGCCUGUGCUUGAAAAGUACACAGUCUUGCCUAUCUCAGAACUUCUAGAAAAAAACUGUUCUCACCAGCCAGCAGCGUGUGACAGAUGAACGGACACAUUUGCAUGCGACUUGACGUGUCGAGCGUUUGGAGACAUAAUUUUUGUCUCUUGGCCGUCACCUUGUCAAGGGCUGACCUGCACACAGUGGCGGGGUCACGGCAUGACCUACCUGAAUAAACAAUUCGCUGCGGCGUGGAUACAAAGACAGCAGUGUGUGUGAUCACGCUGGAAUGAGAAGUGGGAAGCUGUGUGCGGAGUCUGGAGAGAGAAUUGGUUAAAGAGUUGCUUGUCCAUCUUUCACUGCAAAUUUGGAGGAUCCACACCCGUGCAAUGCUGCGCACCGCUGAGCUGGCCCUGGCAGGGUUAACGGUCAUCGUGAUGCUGUCACACUCCGCUGACGCCGAGCGGCAGGACAUCAAAGUGAGGUACUACGCGCCGUGCGUGCUGAAGUGCUCGGACAACGUCACACAGCCGCGAGACGUCCGAAUGUUCUGGAUCCUGCCGGACGCCGUGGCCAUCGACCACACUACGGACGAGUCACGGCUGCCCACCCGGCUGAGGUUCGUCAACCCCAACAGCUCCAACGAGCUGAACAUCACCAGAGUGGACGACGACCAGUUUGGCUACUACACCUGCGUCAUGAUCAACGCCAGUACUGGUGAGGUCAUGGUGACGCAGUGGGGGGUCAACAUCGAUGGCGCGGACUUCAGCGCCUUAGAAGCUGAGUACAGACACAGUGCCAUUAUUGGUGCCAUCGCCGCAGCUGUCAUGCUAGCUGUGGUGGGUGGGGGCUGCGUCAUCUGGCACUUCCGGUUCAGCUCGCACAACGAGGCCCAGAGACAGAGGAAGGACGGCUUUGAAGAUCGUCCACCCUGCAGAAGACAAGUCCCGCAGAAACCAGGGAUUCGCCGGCGACAUCGAGGUGGAGAUGAAGGCAGGACGGUUUGGCAACGGAACCACCUCGUCGACAACAGCGACAGUUGAUGGAAAUGUAGAAGCAGACGAGAUCACGGAUCACAGGCUGUGACGUUAAUCACACCGUCUACCUCGCGCCCCCGUCUGCUUGUUCCUCUUUUUGUGUAUUUCUUCGUCUGUUGAUAGAUAAUCUUCUCGUAAACGUGCUCUGUUUGUAAACAUCUUUCAUUUUCUUACUUGCUGUUUCAUGUACACAUUAUUGAUACAGGAGAAAUCAGUGCCUUGGUUGUUAUGAUGUUGUUGCCAGUAUUAAGAGUAUCUUUCCUAUAGAAUAGAUGAGAAAUUUAUGCAAAUUUUUGCCGGUGUUUUUUCUUGUUUGUUUGUUUGUUUUUUGUUUGAAGUAGUGAGAUGAGUGUAAGAUGUGUGUGCUUGUGUUUGCUUUCGACUGGCCUGUGAUCAUGGUAACACUUGUCCUCUCAUACACAGAUAUGAGUUCUACAAAUGGCAUCCCCAUAUUCACAUCCCGCAUGUAACCUGUUACAUACAUGUAAUGUGUGUUGUUACCUUCUCAGUGAACUGGCUGCCCGAAAGAAAAUCCUAUUUUGUAUAAAUGCAUUGAGUCAACAUUUUUGUAAAUAGUUUAUUGUACAGAAGGGAGACAUUAUUCCAUGGUUAUCAGAGUCUUCACUUGCUUACACUUAUCAAAGCCAAGUUUAUUAUACAGUUUAUCAAAGUAUGUAAGAAGAAUACCUUACGAAAAGUUUUAAUGUACGAGACAAAUACAAGUGGUUUCUGUGUGUACAGGCUAAAACUUUGUUUAGUUAUCGUUCUGGGAUAGCCAGCAUCAAUAACUGGGUUUUUUAUUUGUUUACUCAGAAAAAUUCAUAUCGUAUUCCCGUUAUAGGUGAUGUAUUGUUUCAUGUUAUUUUACUGAGUGGUGAGUAUGAGUCAUGGUGUUCCAUAUGAGCAGUGAUGGAUAAAUGAGGAACUAACGUCUUCAUGCAUCAGUAUUGUACGUGAUUACAGAUGUCCAGCCAGAAGUCUCUAAACAGAUUUUUUAUAUUUUAAAGGAAUGUAAUUCAAUAAAAUUUUCAAUAAGAAA